AAAACAAGCAAGUGUCCCACCACAGUAUCUGAAGAGCCCGUUGCGCUGUCCACCACGAUUUGACUAUGCCUCCUUCUGGGCUCUCUCAGUAACACCGGACUAAAUCAGCAUACACAAAUGCUCAGGUGACUUUUUCUCUCCCAUCGUCACACAGGUAAGUUAAGGUAAGUACUCAAGCACUCCUAAUUCACGGUUUCACUUUUUGCCUUUGUUCGCAUCCACACCUCUUUGUGUACAUCAAUGGCCUCCCUAUCUGCCCCCUCUACCCCUAGGGCGGCAUCUUCGCCUGCACCAACCUCAGAUGAGUCCCGGACGCCUGGGAAAUGGCGCCAUCCACAGUUGAAUGAAAUCGUUCGACGACAGAAUGCUGGAACAUUCGGGGAUCGCAAUAUCAAAAGGCUCGCGUGGAACGGUACUGCUCUAAUCGCAACUUGGGUGUUCGGAAACACCUUCAAGUCCUAUUCUCUUCGACUUCAAAAUUCGAGCCAGUACUCUACGUAUCCUGAUAUUUCCCUCCUUGUCUUGCAACUUGUCUUCGUUUUCAAUAUCCUCAUGGCACUGUACCCUCUCAUCCGACCAAAGGACAACCUCUCUGAUAUUCCCCUAACACCUACGCAACGUGCCCUAUUAGGACUUGAUCCCUCUGCUACACCGCCGCCAACGCCGGGGUCUACGUAUAUAACUCCACCAAAAUACCGGCUUUCUGGGUCGCGAGCAGCAAGUCCAGCCAGCAGAUGUGCAUCGCCUUUGUCGACAAGUGCCAGUGCUUCCGGACGUAGAGUGUCGUCGGGUGCAUUGUUCUCACCUUCAACAAGUCCAUUACUCCAUAAAGCAGUUUCAAACGGAGGAAGAGAUAGUGGGCGGAGACCGAGUUUCGGCUCUCCGUCACCACUUGGCCGGAGCUCACCUUUCAGAGAAUCAACUUUUAGAGAAUCAAGCCUGGGGUCGAGCCUGGGACCUGCGACUCCGUCGCCAGUGGGGGGUAAGCGUGUUAGCAUCGGGUUGAGUAACAAAUGGUUAUACGAGCGGAGCAGACGGCUGUCGGCAAGCAAUGGUAGUCUUUGAAUUGCUUUGGCUGGUGUUUGGUGCAAUCGGGGGAAGACAAAUCAUGUAUUCAUAUGCUUAUUUUAAGGGCGUUCAGCAAGC